AUGUUCGAUGUGAAAAUGACAGCAGCGAUCAGAAUUUUUGACAAGCUGGUGUAUAACCAGCUAAACGCCAAGGCGCGCAAAUGGUCGCUUGACAGUGUGGAUUUGGCUUUGUGAAACAUAACAAUAAACAAAAUGAGCGAAAUAUCUCGAUUGAAAUCACAAAUAACUAGCCGGUUUUCUCUCGGUGGUUUCCAGAUUCGAAGUGAAGCAAGCACAUUCCUUGCCCAACAGCUGCUGCUACUUGAUGCGACGGAACACAAGAAAUGGAUUACGAAUGUGGCAAAUCAUGUGCAAGGUCAAUGUUUAACCCUUCCUGUAGUUGAAAGGCAACAUAUAGAGCUGGCUAUUAAGGAAGCAAACAAUACGGGGUUAGAUGAUACAGAGACGAUAUUCAGAGUUAUUAGUGCAUUCGACGUGCCUUCGUUCGUGUACUGUGAAGAGAAAAAGAAGUUUCUCCCAGACACGAAUAAGAAAAGUUUGUUGGCUUUAUCGGAUGCGAAGUCAAACUACAUUCGCGAACGGUACUGGCUGCUGUGGCAAAAGACAUGUCGUCACGAUACGUUUUCCCGACGGGUCGCACCGGGCACGGCUGAGAUAGGAAAGAAAAACAGAAUGACUCUACGUAAAGUGGAGAAUAUUCUCUCAACGUCUAAGAUGAACGAUGUUGCCCUUUUGGGACUAUUGACGCAGCUCACAGAAAGCCGCUAUUACAUGGAAGAUCCUACUGGGUCCGUACCGAUUGAUAUUACCACGGCCAAAUUCUCGUCCGGCUUGUUUUGUGAGGGAAGUUUUCUGCUUGUAUAUGGGAAGUAUAGCGACGGUAUUUUGAAAGUAGAUGAGAUUCGUUUUCCAUUUCCGGAGCUUGCGGCAGAUAGCAGAGCAUUUUUCGGAUCCGUCAACAGUUGGGGAGGUCCUUCGAAAACGCUCCUGAAAUACUCCAGCAAUUUGACUGAAUUGGAGAAUGCUAAUGUUGAGCAUAGUAUAGUAUUUUUAUCCGAUUGUUGGCUGGAUAGUCCGGUGGUAAUGGAAAAACUGAAUCAUUUACUAAGGGGGUACGAUGAAUUCCCUCCCGUAGCAAUAGUUUUGAUGGGACCUUUCGCAAGAACCAACGAAAAUAUGUACUCGUUGAAACCCCUCUUUUUGAAGCUCGGUGAAAUAUUGACGGAGUGUGAGAAGCUUAUUUCGCAAACCGAUUUAGUUAUAGUGCCGUCCAUCGAUGACCCUGCUGCGGCGAACAUAUUACCCCGGCCGCCAAUACCAGAUGCACUAACAGAGGAGCUAAAAAAGCGAUUCCCCAGAACAAUUCUUACUACAAAUCCCUGCCGCCUGCAGUACUGUACGCAACAGAUCGUAGUUUGUCGCGCCGAUUUAGUAACUAAACUGUGUCGCAAUACAAUACAUUUUCCCAAAGAAGGACUGUUGGAGGAACAUUUUGCCCGGACUAUUACACAACAACAUACCCUAGCGCCGCUAACUCCUAUUGCAUUUCCAACACACUGGAACUAUGACGCAGCACUGUCUCUCUAUCCAUUACCGGACUUAAUCGUUAUAGGCGACCCAUGCCAAGGGUUUCACACUACUGAGCAAAACUGUACGGUGAUGAACGUAGGAUCCUUUCCAAAAUCGAAGUUUGCGUUUAAAGUGUACUAUCCUUCUAGUAAUACAGUUGAAGAUUCACAGAUACCCGAUGAAGAAUAA